UACGAGCACGCAGUAGCACAAGGUCACCACUAUCUUACUCACGAUCAGACGACUGCACUGAUCACCAAUGGCUGCCAAGCUCGCCCUCUUCCUGGCCCUGAGCCUCCUCUUCGCCGCCGCCGCGCACGGCUGCGCACCCUACUGCCCCGGUCCAGUCGUCCCGACGCCGUCCCACGGCCAAGGCGGGCGCUGCCCGAUCGACGCGCUGAAGCUAAGGGUGUGCGCCAACGUGCUGGGCCUCGUCAAGGUCGGCCUGCCCCAGUACGACCAGUGCUGCCCCCUGCUGCAGGGGCUCGUCGACCUCGACGCCGCCGUCUGCCUCUGCACUGCGAUCAAGGCUGACGUCCUCGGCAUCCACCUCAACGUGCCCGUCAGCCUCAACCUCAUCCUCAACAAGUGCGGCAAGAUCUGCCCGGCCGACUUCACUUGCCCUCCGUAAGAUGGGAGCUGAUGAAAUGAGCUAAACCCCAUCAUCCAAGGAACUAGGCUUGGGUCCUAUCUCGCGAUUCCGAUACUUCAUUUCUUCCAACGGCGACAUGUCUGCUGGGCUAUUGCACAAUCAAUAAGUUUGUUAUAAAUUCUUUCACUGUACCUUCGAUUUGUACACUUGUAUGGAGUUGUACCAUUUUUAAUUGUCGAUAAGAAAUGCUCACUUUUUCUUGGGAGAAAGAGGAAAGAAAUAUUCAUGGUCAAUUACA